AUGCCUAAACGAUUAUUUUUUCCUGGUCCCAACAAAGAAAUUGUUGAAUUAGAAGGAUCAAAUUUCUUCGUAAAAAUUGAAACCUUGCCGCAACCAAAACAUGCACGGGCGUUUUUUAUUUUAAAAGACUCUGAAGAAGAAUGCGACGUCCCAGAAGAAAUUAAAUAUGUAGAUAAGAUGAAUAAUAUUGAAAACACAAAAAUGCCUU